CCUCAGCUCUCUCAUCAUCAUCCUCACUUCUCUCUCUCUACUCUGUCCCAAAAUUCCACACCGAGAGAGAGAAACAAACCCCAAAACAAAAACAAUCCAAUUCAUUCCACCAUUAUCCAAAAAUGCCUGCCGCUCCACUCAAUUCAUCAUCAACCCCACCCGUCACUCUCCUCUCCAAACGCAACGUCGUCCCCGACCAGCCCUCCACCAUGGCCGACCUCAAGCUCUCCGCCUCCGACCUCCCCAUGCUCUCCUGCCACUACAUCCAAAAGGGCGCCCUCUUCUCCCGCCCCGCCUCCUCCCCUUCCUCCGCCUCCCUCCUCCUCCUCCAAUCCUCCCUCGCCCAUACCCUCUCCCUCUUCCCUCCCCUCGCCGGCCGCCUCUCCACCGACCCCGCCACCGGCCACGUCUACAUCACCUCUAACGACGCCGGCACCGAUUUCAUCCACGCCUCUGCCCCCGGACUUUCCGCCGCCCACAUCCUCGGGUCGGGUCGGGCGCCCGAUUUCGUCAACGGGUUCUUCUCCCACGACCGCACCGUCAGCUACCACGGCCACAACCUCCCCCUCCUCGCCGUACAGGUCACCGAGCUCACCGACGGCGCCGUCUUCAUCGGCUGCUCCGUCAAUCACGCCGUCUGCGACGGCACUUCCUUCUGGAAUUUCUACAACGCAUUCGCCCGGGUCGCACGCGGGGUGAAGCGGAUCCCCUGCUUACCCGACUUCACCCGCUACGGCGACAAUCCUCUCAUGUCCUCCGCCGUCCUCCGACUCCCUCGCGGCUGGCCAUGUGUCACCUUUGACAAAACGGCGCCUUUUAGCGAGCGGAUUUUUAGAUUCAGUCGUGAAGCCGUUCUGAAGCUGAAAGCGGUUGUCAACGAGAAGAAGGACAGCGCCGGGUGGAUCGGGGUUGGGGUCGGGUACGAGUUCGACCCGGUGGAGAUGAUGGGGAAGCAGAGGAACGACCCGUUUUAUUAUUCAAAAAAUUCAAACCAGCAGAAUAAGCUGCUGUCGAACGGCGUCGUAUUGGAGGAAAAGGAGAUGGAGAUCUCGUCGUUUCAGUCUUUGUGCGCGCUGGUGUGGCGCGCGGUGGCACGUGCGAGGAAUUUGAGUCUGACCAAAACGACGACGUUUCGGAUGGCGGUGAACUGCCGUCACAGGGUGGAGCCCAAGAUGGACCCCUUGUACUUCAGGAACGCGAUCCAGAGCAUCCCUUGCCACGCGACGGCGGGGAAAGUAGCGUCGCGGGGGAUGCGGUGGCUGGCGGAGAGGCUGAACGAGAGCGUGAGCGCGUACGACGACGCGAAGGUGAGGAGCGUGGUGAAGGAUUGGGAGGCGAGCCCAAGGUGCUUCCCGCUGGGGAAUCUGGACGGGGCGUCGAUGACGAUGGGGAGCUCGCCGCGGUUCCCGAUGUACGAUAAUGAUUUCGGGUGGGGCCGGCCGCUGGCGGUGAGGAGCGGGAGGGCGAACAAGUUCGACGGGAAGAUGUCGGCUUUUCCUGGGAGGGAAGGCGGCGGGACCGUCGAUCUGGAGAUUGUUUUGGCGCCGGAGACGAUGGCCGCGAUUGAAGCGGACCGCGAGUUCAUGCAAUAUGUUUCGAGCUGAUUAGUUUUUAGAAAGAGAGGAGACUGAGUUCAGUGGGCUUGGGCUGGGAAAACUGGUCCGGGCGGGGGUGUUUUAUCUAAUAUGAUAUUUUUACUUUUGUAACCUUCUAUGUGAUAUACAGUUUUGUUCUUUUGUUACUGAUGAUUUCAGAAUUCUAAAUGGUGAAUUUUGGUUUCUCGUUACCAAGACAGACGUUCGUUUUGCUCAUGUUGAAUUUGGGAAGAAUUGGCCUCACGUAAGCACACAACUUGAGGGCUCUGUUUGGCAGAGUAAGUUGCAACUGUAAUUACUAAUUAAAUAUCACUAACCCCAAUUAAUUAAUGGAGGGACGGCUAUACAGCGAAACUAAUCAGUAACCACAACCCGCCGCUUUUGUGGACAAUUGACUUAUUUAUUUAUUUAUUUAUUAUCCGUUCUGUUCCCCGUCAUGGGAAAGAAAGAAGAAUCAACCCAUGACCAAGGGUCCUCCGCAGUUGACUGCCGUCCACGCCAGCGGGUGAGGGGAAUCUCUCCAGUCUCCACCCUGUCGGAGUUGAAAAGACGGACGGAGCUUCUUCUAUUUCCGGUUGCCAAUGGCGGGCCGCCGGUGCCCCCACAAGAGCGAGAGCGACUACCCCACAAUUCGAAAAGACCAGGAGACCAAGCUUAUAAAAGAUUGAAAAUGUUGAGAUCGUGGAAGCGCGCGUGGUGGAGAGGAGGCCUCUUGGGUCAAUAUUUGUUGAUGAGUUGAGAUUGAAUUCCCAAACAGUAAAAAUUAAACAUAAUUCCCGGAAUACAUAAGUUUUAUAAAAUUUUCCCAAAUUACCUAAGUUUCAGAGGGUUCGAGUCCCAUAAACUCGAACUACACUCCAGUUCGACGAUGAAGAACUCGAACUGAAAUUAAAUCGAGUUCCUAAAACUCGAUCAACAUUAGUUCGAUUUUGGAGAAAUCUAUCAAAGUAGAACGAUGACAAAAGACUCGAUCAUAGUAGAUCGAGUAUGGACAACUCGAUCUAGUUAGAUCGAUGCCAAAAACCUCGUUGUAGUACAACGACUUUAAAGCACUCGAUCCAUAUCUGCACAAGAUCGAUGCCUUAAGACUCGAACAACCUAAAUCGAUUUCCAAUGGGCUCGAACCACUGGUCCAGCGACAUGCUUCAGGAUAGGGUUGCAGGGAUAAGAUUCUUUGUUGUCAUAGAUCGAGUUUUAGGGACUCGAACUAGUGUAGUUCGAUUACACUGAACUCGAACUACUACUCAAUCAUUCUGUCUAGUCGCUUUCGGUCCGACAUGCUCCGGAAUAGGGUGCAGGGGUAAAAUUAUUGGUUGCCCUAGAUCGAGUUUAAUGGACUCGAACUAAUGUAGUUCGAGUUUUUUGGACUCAAACCACUCCAUCAGUUUACGAGGAUAAAAAGCCAUCACUUAGCACAUUCUGGCAGCUCUCUUCCUUUCUAUCUUCUUUCUUCCAAACACAAACUGCAGCUGCUGGAGCACCAUAGCUGAGCAAAGAAGAAAAAUUUUGGAGGUAAGUUCUGCUUACGUUGUUUGAAUGAGCAUAUUAGAAUUUUGGAUUAAUUUAGUAUUGUUUGUACAGUAAGUAAUGAGCUGCUUCUAUAAACUGCAGACAUGGGUAGAAAAUUUCGAAAAUUCGACUUAAAGAUUGGGUGGAAUGGUCGAAUUUAAAAAAAGAAAAGUACACGAGGAAGUGCUUACCGGAUCUGCCGCCCAAACACUUUCAGACCGAUGGUAAGGUUGCUCAUCCAACAAAUCGGUUUCUCGCGGUCCGCCUUGAAUGUAUAAUCUAGAUCGUAAAUACUCGGAUCCAUCUGGACAAUUUUGAGUGAUAGAAGUACCAAACUAAAGAAAAAAAUAUGAUGCGGAAGAUCGGGCUUAGCCGCAACCACAUAGCAUAUUUUUUUCUUCAAGAGUGGUGAGAGUAAUAGAGGAAGAAGAAUGGAGUGGUGUGGGAUUUGGUGGAAUGGAAGAGGGAAUUUAUAGGUGCAGUGGGAGGAGGUGGAUCGAGUUUAGGGGACUCGAACCACAACAUCGAUUUUUCCGCCUUCGAUCCGCGUCAAAAGGAGUUCGAGUGUAGGCAAAUCGAACGACCAGAUCGAGUUAUGCAAACUCGAUCUAUGGCGGAGCAGGUCUGACGUCAUCGAUCCGCGUCAAGCAAAUCGAUUUCCAAGCGCUUGAUCCACCUGCAUCGAGUUAUCCCCGCUCGAUCCGCGUCACCACUUCAUCGCGGAUGUGGCCAUCGAACGGUGUAGAUCGAUCCCCUUUACCUCAAUCUAGGGUGGAGCGCUGCAUAUAUCAGCGAUCCAUGUCACCUUGUUUGAGUGUUUUGUACUCGAUCCACAUAAAUCGAGUUUAACACACUCGAUCCGCGUCGUCCCAUUCCUGCCAAUCGUGGCUGUUUCGCUCGAUGCACGUGGAUUGAUCCCUUGGCAAUCGAUCUGAUCCUAGUUUGAGUUUGUUAAACUCGAACCGAUUCAAACUUUGGUAGUUUGGGAAAUAUUUAUAAAAGUGAUGUAUUAUG